GACUUUUGACAGACGGAAGCGGGGUGUCCGACGCGCCCUGAAGGCAGCAUCAGAUCCAGAAGCUGGCAGAUGGAUUAGUUGCUGUUCUCUCUGUCAUGUUCUAGUUUUGGGUCAUCAUGGCUAAACAGUACGACGUGUUGUUCAGGCUGCUCCUUCUCGGAGACUCCGGAGUGGGGAAGACCUGCAUGCUGCGCAGGUUCGCCGAAGGUGAAUUUGAUCCCUCGCAUAUUUCCACCAUCGGAGUUGAUUUUAAAAUGAAAACAGUACAGAUCGAUGGACUCAGGGUUCGAGUUCAAAUCUGGGACACAGCUGGACAGGAACGCUAUCAGACUAUCACCAAACAGUACUACAGGCGGGCCCAGGGUAUCGUAUUUGUGUAUGACAUCACAGACCUGCCGUCUUUUAAGCACAUAGCUAAGUGGGCCGGUGAUGUAGAUGAAUUUGCCCCAGAGGAUGUACAAACCAUCUUGGUGGGAAACAAAGCUGAUGAGGAGUUAAGGAGACAAGUUACGACAGACCAAGGAAAAAAGCUAGCAGAAACCUAUGGGAUGGAGUUCUUUGAGGCCAGCGCUUCCACCAGCACCAACAUCAGUGAGGUACUGCUGUUCCAAAUCAUUCAUCCGUGUGACAGAACUGGUGCUUCAAGCUCAGAAGAGAGACAUGGACAACCUGUUUGGGUCUCUGGAUAACAAUUUGGAUCAGGCAGCUCUGCAGGAAGAGAAGAGCAGUCAGGAUAAUGAUGCUCAGAGGACUUGUGCCUGUUAAAAAAUGAAGUCUGUCACAGUGCCUUAGCUUGCAGGUCCAGGAUAUUAGACUUUUUAACCUGUUUUCUGACACUUUAAAACUUAAAGACUUGUUACCCAGGAAGGGGCUGCAUUACUUUAACUUUUUUAAAUGACAGGGCUACAGAUGCAGUAAACAACAGUUGCCAGCAGAGGGCCUGUCUGGCAGAAUGAUCAGGGAAUCUUACUGCCAGAUAAAAGUAAUCAACUCAUUACCUUUUCUCUCUUCAAAUGCAGAGCUUUACCAUAUCUCUGCAUAGUUUACUGAAUUUAGUCACUGUUUGCUUUCUUUGUCCUUUUUUAUUACUGGUUCAUGCUCAGUGGAAAGUUUACAUCCAUAAUUUUGCACUGGAGUGACAAAGAUGGGAACAAAGAGGUCAGAGCACAGGUCUGAAUUAUUAAGUUCUGGAAACUCAAACCAAGUGGGGGUUUGUUUCAUUCACUCUAUGGACUUUCACCUCAACGGAGACACAUCUGUGCCAUUCGGAAGGAUAUUUAUCAAAAAUGUUGCUUGAAGUACUCAUUCUGAAUAGCAAAGACAUAAUGUGGUUCAUUGAAAUUGUGGUUUUGCUAAGGAUGAGGUGUAUAGUGAGACUCGGAUGUCUGAUUUUAGGAAAAACGAUCUAGUUUGUGGCAAAAAAUUUAAAUAAUGUAUGUUAACUGUAAAUGCUAAAUUAAAAAUAAAUUAUAUAUGGAAAUAUUCCUGUUUAAACAAAACACACUGGCACUCUGAACUUUGCCGAGUUAUUUUAUUAGGACUGGAGUAAUGUUAGGCGUACAUGGAGCUCUGGCACCAGCCUCAUGUAUUUUUCAUCAGAUGCUGGGAGACGCAGGUGAAUGUUUAAUUUUUGAUGACUAAGAAAGUUGAGACAUGCACCAAGGCAUGCCAAAAAACCAAACACAGCGAAUAACACUGGUUAAAACUGGUUCCCCAAAAAUCCAGCUAACUAAGAAGAUGCAGUGCCUUGCCAAUUAAUUCAAUCAUACACUAUUUUGUGAACUUUUGAAACAC